GCGCGCGCGCGCGAGAAAGAAAGAGAGAGAGAGGAGAGCGCGUCCACGCUCCGACGUGAAGGAAGAGUGACAGAGACGGAGGGAGUGUGCGCGGCGUCGAUCGAUUUCGACUCGCGACCAGAGGUGGAAAAUCGUGAGCGUAUGUCGACGUUGCUGACGUUGCCGCCGGCGCCGUCGUCAUUGUCGUCGCUGCGAACGAAUUCUGAUCAUCGUAGAGCGCUGUUACACGCUAGUGACAUUUGCGGUGCGGCACUAUCGACGAAACAAACUUGGCAACGUCGCAUCGACUGCUCUCGCACACACGUAUACGCGCGCGCAUACACGUACCUUAGAAGGGAACUUGGGGUGGCUGGCUGGUUGGCUGGUUGGCAGGCAAACAGGAGAUAGCCAGGCUUAGCUAGCGGGCAAGCAAGCAAGCAAGCAGGGCAGGCAAACAAGCAGGCAGGCAGGCCAGGCAGACAGCUUUCUUGUUCCGAGGACGGCGCUCCUGGUCGUGCCGUCUCUCUUUUCUACCUCCAUUGCGCUUACUCUUCCUCUCCCUCGACCCCUCACCAUCUCCCUCGUCCUCGCUUAGCUGAAUCGUUCUCUCCCUUUCUCUCUUCCUCCCUCUCCGUUGUCGGUCUCCUUCUUCUCUUUCUCUCUCUCUCUCUCUCUUUUGCCUACACGUUCACGCCGCACGUACCGUUGAGAGUCUCUCCCUUCCCCUGUCGUAGUCUUUCUCUGCCUCUCUACCCCCUCUUCUCUCCUAACCUCGAGCGGAUCGGACGAGUCCAUCGGCUUGCGAGGGGAGCUCGGCAGACCUCGGCCCUAGUCGGCCUCGAUCCGCAGAAUGCGUUAGACGCCACGAGUCGAUCGCUCCGGUUACCGUAUACUCACGACCCGUGAAUGCAGCGCGUACGUCGCGGCGCUUGCGGAAGCCGUCGCGUGUUACUUGUGCAUAGCCGCGAGCCGCGGCGGCCCUUAUCGUUGCCAGUUGACGCGUUCGAUUUGGACGCACUCGACUAGCGUACAUCCGUGCGACGGCCAUGUUUGGUGUUUACGACGUGAGGGGGGACCGCUGACGUCACACGAUUCGGACGGCCGAUCUCGCCCGAGCGGCAACACGAAGACGGGACGAGCGACAGCAGCACCAGCAACGACGGGAAACGUGCCGUCGCGGCUGUAUACCGGCAGCGCGCAACCGAUACAUCCGCGCCCGCGCACAACGUGAGAGGACCCGUCGUCGUGUGUCGUCAUCAUUGUCAUCGCCGUCAUCGGACGCGAGGGGAGACUCGCUCGUCGUCGCGGCGCGCACGAAGCCACACGAACACUCGCGACGUGCACCGCCCGAACCCGUAAAGUCGUCCGGUGUGCUCUCCUGAUGGGAUCGACUUUGCUCGCUGUGCUCGCCGGUUCUGCCGUGACUACUGGCCUUUCGAAAAACAUCGUGCGCCUUGCCACCUCCUACUCCCGCUUCUCCGCCUCCGCCUCUGUUGUCGCACCGUGGAAAUAGCACCCCUUUGAGCACCGGGCGGCGCUCCGCCGCUCUCUGUAACCGCUCCGCCGCGGAGACCGUUGAGCUAGGGAGUGCAGUAACGUUGUUGCGUGCCGACACGAGCGGACGACAACGCGAACCUGGCUGAGGAUUCCACUAACUGAUUGUGCGCGACGUCGUAGAUACGAACACACGCCACGUGGUGAUCGCGCACGUGCCUCAUCGUGCCUCUCUUCGCACGAUACGCAGCAGUGUUCGUUUGAGAGUGCAGUCGAUCGAUCGAUUCCUCGCGAUAUACGUUGCCUAUCUGCCUACGUACGCGCAGUGUUAGACUCUCUGUCCUUUGUCUCUCUCUCUCUCUUUCUCUCUUUCUCUGUCUCUUGACUAGUCCGUGAUCGAUCUUGUUGCGCAGGUGUGCCGGUGGUACAUAUGGUGUUUCACGAAAUAUACCGCGUGACACGCAGACACGGAUUAAUCAGCUGCACUUGCGUCCAGGAUCUGGAAUACGUGGAUUAAGAACCACUCGACGAGAAAGCCAUGGAUCUGGGCGACAGGGUCUACGCCGCGGAGCGGAUCACGAAGAAGAGAGAGAAGCGAGGCAAGGUCGAGUACUUCGUCAAAUGGAAAGGUUGGAGUAAAAAAUACAACACAUGGGAGCCAGAGGAAAAUAUAUUGGACGUCAGGUUAAUCGAACUGUACGAAGAAAGUCAAAAAGGUGGCGAGAUAUCUACUAGGAGGCCGAGGCGAAGGGAUACCAGAUACAGUGAACAGGCGCUGGCCAAUCUCGUAGUCGAGGAGGAACCUGGCGGAGAUGAACGAGUAGGCGAAGAUAGCCAGGACGAGUCGACGACAGGCAGCACAUCAGCGACUCGUUUAAAUCCAGUAGCGCCCGAUGAGGACACAUUGCCGAGUUCCUUGGACGGUCAUGAGUCUCCGACGCCGCCAGAGUUGGAAUCAGCAUUCGCCGUCGACUCGGACAGUUCCACCAGUAGCGCGGACAUUCCCUUGUUGCCCAGAAAAGAACUCGCGGGCACCAAGAGGAAGGCGGAAGUAUUGAGCAAGGAGUCUGGCAAGAUCGGCGUGACAAUUACCACGAGCAGCCCCACUAGCGGCAGUGGUAGCCCACCACCGAGCAAGGUUCCUCGUUUAUUGCCUUUGAAAAACAACUCCGCGUCACCAUCUUAUGGUCACAAGUUCAACGGCAAGAGGCCGUCGUCCUCCAGCGUAAAAUCGACACCAGAGGAACCGCUACCGGCGUUCCCCACGACACUGGCGCCUGCAGUGCAAGACAAAAAACGUCCCGAAGCCGACGUACCUCACGGCCCACCUCCCUCGUUGCCGCGCACACAAUCUGCCCCGUCGUCUCCGCAAAUAGACACACCUCUGGAGGAGCCGCCGACGAAGAAGAGGAACUUAGAGCAAAAGCAGGAGAAAUCGAACGGCGCGGUCGCAGUCGACGCGAACGGCCACAAAUCGCCCAGUCCCACAGACUCCUACACCAACAACAACAGGUUACCGACCGUCGUGAAUGGUCAUCACAGUCACAACAAUAAUAAUAAUAAUAACAACAAUAACAAUAACAACAAUGCGCCGAACGUUAAGCAAACCGAAAUCUCCAAGGCUGAGACUAUCUACGUGCCACUGUCGAGUCCCGACACGGAUUACUGGCACGCGAGGAAUCCCGUGGCGGAUCAGGUAUUCAUCACGGAUGUUACCGUCAAUCUGAAGACCGUUACUAUCAGAGAGUGCAAGACUGAAAAGGGUUUCUUUCGCGAGAGAGAUCCCAAAAACGAUAAUAUCUAUUAACGGUCCUGCUAACUGGCUAUUCUGUGACCCGCCUAUAGCGCGGGCAUCGGAGGAGAUAACUCGCUCUCCGAAUUAUAUCUCGUACCACUGUAAAUAUAAAUUAUUUUUCACACAUCAGCCGUCAAGCUGGAGGGUGUAAUCGACUAAGAGCUAAACUUUUAUAGUGACGGAAAAUAAAAAUCGCAGUGUCGCGAGGACGAUCGAGUGUCACGCGGAGAUCUGUUACAACGCUAUCACAACGUCAUGGGAAUCGGGAAUUUGAAGUGGACGCUGAUCGUUUCAUCGAUUGGUGCGAAAGAUAAUUUUUUUCACUCUGGAAAUUGAACUGUGCACUAGAUGCGAGUCAAGUCUGUGUAAAUCAUUUGUAAAAACAUUGGUGAUGACAUGUCGUUGAUACGACGAAUUUACUAUUGAUCCACCGUCGUAUCACGAUAUAUACUGUAUAUUUUAAAAAUGCUUGAUAGAUUUUAACAGCGCUGAAAAUCUGGAAAUUGUUAGGGGAUACUACAUCUUUUAGUUAAUUUUAUUAUUUGCUUGUAUUAGGAAAGUUCGCUAAGAAAAUGCUAUAAAUAAAAUUGUUCGACUUUCAUUUUUACUACGAAAUAUAUACAUAUACGAGAUAAAAAUACUUAGAAAAAAAACAAAAAGUAUUUUUCUAAUUCAUUUUUAGAAUAUGGAAUCUGCUUGGCUAAAGUGAUUCAAGGAGAGGAAUUUCAAGAAAAGGAAAAGAAAAAGAUAGUUUUCAACACAUUAUGAUGUCGUAUCCUAUUUAUUAAUAAAAUCUUAUUAUUCACUGAAAGAUGAGGUACCGCGAAAUAAAAAAAAGUCGAGUGCAUGUACGUAUACUUGAGAAGUUUACAGUAUUUUUAAUAAUUUGUAACAUCUCUUUUUAGUUUUCAAUUUCGUUAUGAGGAAGCCAAUUGAUACAAUAUCAUUUAUCGACAAAUGCAUUUCCGCGUCGUCAAAUAUUCAUUCGUUUAAAGAUUUUAAAUUUUUGAAAGUUUUGAAAGGAAGUUUUCUUGCCGCGAAUAUAAUCGAGUAUUUUCUAUUUAGGAUAGGAAAUAAUCGCGCAAGUCGAUUUCGACGGUCUCGUGAAAUUAUUUGGACGCACUAAUGCAGAGAAUUGUACAUUGGCUGAUCUAAAUGUACAGGACGCUUUUAUUCGCCUCGAUAUUGUAUAACUUGUUAUUUAUUUUUUAUCUUCAAACUUGACGUUUCACAUGUUUUUAAAGAUUCAUUGUCAUUUAACUACCAAGCACAACUCAGAGAUAUUGUUUCGAUACGUUUGUUUUAAAAUUGUAUAAAACUGAAAGACCUAUUGAUGCGCCCCCUGUAAAAAUAUAAUACAGUAAUAAAACAUAAAUAUAAAAUGACUCUUGAUUAAUGAGAUGAGAUUUACUGUCUGUAUCAAGUAAAACGAUAACAUAACUCAGUGUACAUCUCCAAUCUAAAUUAUAUGUUAUACAUAUGUUUUUUUUAUAACUUUACGCAGAACAACUUUUAACAGUGCGCAAUAAUGCAUUCAAUUAAAUGCACUGCGCAUGUUUUUAGUAAAUCCAUUCUGUUUGUAUAUUUUAAUUGUGAAACGCACCGCCAAAUGGACGUUCUUUUGUCGACAACAAGAGAGCAUCUCGAAACGUGAAUUUAAUGCGAAAACCAAAUUUUAUUACGUAUUCAAAGCUUGUAUAUUACUCUCUCAGAUAUAAUCUGUUCUUUUUAGUGAUGCUGCAACACUGUGAAUUUCGCGCGCUCUUUUUAAAGUCAUGAUGAAUGAAUUGAUAUAUAUAAUUAAAUUUAUAUAUAUAUAUGUUGCUUAUUUAUUAUAAUUAAUACAAAAAUUUUUAGAUUUUUACGCUCUUAGUAUAGUAGUUAGACUGUGUAUGCAAUGUGUCCCAUCUGCAAGUUGCGAGCUUGGCAUUCGAAAUUACGUUAUAUAACAUCUUUCGUUAGCAUAAAACCAGCUGUUUUUUUUCCUCCAAUAGAUGUAUAUCCAAUGAAUUUACAUAUACAAGAAUGUCGAGAAAUCAAACAAUUUUUGUGAUUGAACGCUGAAUGUGGGGUGGGAUCAAGUGUACUCUAAGCAAUGUCAAUAUUAUCUACAGCAUUUUCAAAGCUUUUACUUUCAAAUACAAAUAUACGUGGGUGUUAUAUGCAUACAAUAAUACACAGGAUGUUUUACAACUCUGUAAUUUUAAUAGUAUAUUUACAAUCUCUGAAAUAGUUUAUAUUUCAUGCAUUCGGAUACAAUAUAUCGUACUAUGAUCAAAUUUACCUUCUAUAAUAUUAACUUAAUUCUGUAUUAAAAUUUACCGUUGAUUGAGUUGUUUUCGAACGCGAUUCAGUAGAAAAAUAUUUACAGAAGAACGUAAUAAUAGUCAUAUUAAAAUGCUAGAAGAUAUAGAAAGCAAUAUGUAACGUGUUAUCAAAGCUACUUUUAUCACUACGUGACAUACUGUAUCUGAGCGUUGUAAACUUUGAGUCUCUGAUUCGUUAACUUUAAACUUUUAACUUUUUCCAAUUUAAAAAUAGCUUGAACAUUUUUUAUUAGAAUCUUUAUUUUUAGUGAGAAAUGCAACAUUAAAGUUACAGUUACUAAAUAUAUGUACAUAUGUGUACAUAUAUUGAUGCUAUUAACCAAGUAUAGAAGCUAUUUCUAAGUAAAAGAAUAUAAAAUGCUAUUAUGUUCAACCAUAUAUCGUAAAGUUUCACUUACAUUUUGAAUCAAUAAUAUUAUAUGUGUGUAUUUGAUUUUAUAUUCGAUUAUAGUAAGUUCUUUACAAGUACCUGAAAUGCGUGUGGCAGGUGGCGUGUCUACGUGUGUAUGUGCGUGUAUGUGUAUGAGUAUGUAUGUAUGAAUCCAUAACUUGUAAACUCUAUCCGAUUUCAGUGAAAUGUUAUUCAAUCGAUUGAAAAAUUUACGAGUACAUAAUUAAACUUGGUCCUAUCCUUAAUGAUGGAGAAGCGGAAUUUUUUCCAAAGCGGGGCCAUUUGUGUACGACUAAAUCUAGGUUUUGUUGUAAUCAUCGAGGCGAAAGAGAAUGAAACACGUUUACACUGUAAUAAUGUAUCGCUGUAUAUUGAGAGUGUCUUGUAAAAAUUGUAAAUAGCCGGACAGAACUUUACGCUCCGCACGAUAGAUGGGUGGAGUGUGUGAGGACGGCUCGUAGGGUAUACAAAUCUUUGAGUUAUCACUUGUACAUAGACAGAAAGAAGCGGUAAUCCCCUUCCAACUUGCCCCCUCUAUUACCCGUAAAUUUGAGAAUACAGGUCUAUUAGAGAGGGAGAAUCCUUUUCUCUUAGCUUUAGAACUUUCAAGAUAGACUGUGCGCGUACCUUCGAAUAUUGUUUCUGUACUUAUAAAUAUUCAGACUACUUAUACAAUAAAGAAAAAAAGAGAAGCGCGAUAAGUGACUACGCAGGCAUAUACGAUACGUGAACCCCGGUAGUAUCAAAUUCAACAGUAAUUUUAGUUCUCUGUCUGGUACAGAUUCCUUGUUUCAAUAAAAUUUACUUGAAGUCA